UGUGUGUGUGUGUCUCUGCAGCCCUCCAGUCUCCCAUCGAGUACCAGCGUCGAGAGAGCAAGUCCAACAGUCUGGGCCGCAGCAUGAGGCCCCCCGUGUCGGCCGGCGCCGGCCUCCGACCCCACUCCUCCGCCUCCAUCGACCGGCACAAGAUGCCCUGCCUGCGCUCCCACAACGCCUCACUGCCCUCCCUCUACCUGCCCAGCCACGGCCCCCCCACAGACACCCACAUACAGACAGAGCCGUGCCGUGGAGACAGCAGUUUGAGCCAGACCGUCUCGCCCACCCACGUGCAACUGGGCUUUGGUGAGCAAACUGCCCCCACCUCCCACUCUGGCCUGCACCUCCCCGGAGUCUCCAACGGCGUGGGGCCAGCCUCCUCCAGUAGCACACAGAGGGGAGGGGAGGGCUACCACAGGGGCAUGAUGGGAGAUGGAGUUCAGGCCUCUGGCCCAUCCCUUCCCCGUCGCUCCAGCAACCUGGCCCAGCUGGACGAGGACGACCUCUGAAGGCCAGGCCGCAGGCCGCACCGGCUUCAUCAGCACCACCUUCGUCAUCAUCGUCUUCAUCGUCGUUGUCUUCAUCAUCAUCAUCAUCAUCAUGUCUUCAUUAUUUAUCCUUCUAUUACUUGUGGCUCCCUCUUUUUAAUCGCUGACAUUCUCCUCGGAAUGACCAAGGGAUUUAUUUUUGCCUCAUUUCUGCCUGUUCUUUUUAAAUCUCCUAAAUGUCGUUUUUAAGGACAAUGUGAUUUGUUCCAGAUAAUAAAUAACCAUUCCUUUAUUGGGAGGUCACUGGAGUUAAAAAAAAAAAAAAAUGAAAUGAAAAUGUGUGAGCUGUAUGCUUGAGUGUGUGUGUGUGUAUGUGUGUGUGUGUGUGUCGGUGAGUGAGUUGCCUGUGUGUGUAGACGUGUGUGUGAGUGAACAUUGGGAUCACACAACCCGACGGCUUUCUCUGUUGUGGAUGUGCAGUUUCUUUUCUUCUCGUGGCAUAAGGCCCCAAACGACUAAGAGAACACACAUCUGUGGGACCAGAGCCUGCAGUGGCGCCUCUCAGUUCCGCUGGACUUUAAAGUGUUUCCUCCUCUAUCGUCGGCUGUUUCUACAGACAUCCCACUACAUCUCCUGUCCGCGUCCGCAACGUCUGCUGCAUUAGCCGAACACACAGUUCCCCUCACUUUAUUCAAUGUUGCAGUGGUUUUCUUCCAUUCGAAGAAGAAAUGGACAGCCGAGACAAUGAAAUUGUACAUAUGUAGGAGGACUGAAGGUUGAUUGUCUUGUUUGGGACAAACAGAACUCACACAUGUUCCCUGUGGCUGGGGGGGGGGGGGGGGGGG